ACGGAAGUGGGAAAAAAAUGAUCGCGCGACAGUGAUCCGGAGAGUUGAAUCAUUCGGUUAGCGGGGAAGCUAACUGCUUUGAGCUAAAGCUAGGCUAGGCUAGGCUAAUCCAGUCCACUGGGCAGGUCAGUCCGUGUUUGUGCUGAGAGGAUGGAGAUCAGCUAACGAUGACCGGAGAGAAGAAGAAGAAGAAGCGGCUGAACCGCAGCAUUUUAUUGGCCAAGAAGAUCAUCAUUAAAGAUGGAGGCAGUCCACAGGGGAUGGGUGAGCCGAGUGUGUACCAUGCAGUGGUCGUCAUCUUCCUGGAGUUCUUCGCCUGGGGCCUCCUCACCACGCCCAUGCUCACGGUGUUGCAUCAGACGUUUCCCCAGCACACGUUCCUGAUGAAUGGACUCAUUCAUGGAGUUAAGGGUCUCCUGUCUUUCCUCAGUGCUCCUCUGAUCGGUGCCCUCUCUGAUGUUUGGGGUCGGAAAUCAUUCCUUCUGCUCACCGUCUUCUUCACCUGCGCUCCCAUUCCAUUGAUGAAGAUCAGCCCAUGGUGGUACUUCGCUGUGAUCUCGGUGUCAGGAGUGUUUGCUGUGACGUUCUCUGUCAUUUUUGCGUAUGUAGCCGACAUCACACAGGAGCAUGAGAGGAGCACGGCGUAUGGCCUGGUGUCGGCGACGUUUGCGGCCAGUCUGGUGACGAGCCCGGCGAUCGGAGCGUACCUGUCUCAGGUGUACGGGGACACGCUGGUGGUGAUCCUGGCGUCGGCCAUCGCUCUGCUGGACAUCGGCUUCAUCCUGGUGGCCGUCCCCGAGUCUCUGCCUGAGAAAAUGAGACCAGCGUCAUGGGGAGCGCCCAUCUCCUGGGAACAGGCCGAUCCCUUCGCUUCUCUGAGGAAGGUUGGUCAGGACUCCACAGUGUUGUUGAUCUGUAUCACAGUCUUCCUCUCUUAUCUGCCUGAGGCCGGACAGUACUCCAGCUUCUUCCUGUACCUGCGACAGGUGAUCGGAUUCACCUCGGAGACAGUUGCAGCGUUUAUUGCAGUGGUGGGAAUCCUGUCCAUAUUAGCUCAGACAGUAGUGUUGGGUGUGCUGAUGCGCUCCAUCGGGAAUAAGAAUACCAUCCUGUUAGGGCUCGGCUUCCAGAUCUUGCAGCUUGCCUGGUAUGGCUUUGGUUCCCAGCCCUGGAUGAUGUGGGCAGCGGGGGCUGUAGCUGCGAUGUCGAGCAUCACUUUCCCAGCCAUCAGUGCCAUCGUCUCCCGAAAUGCAGACCCUGACCAACAGGGUGUGGUACAGGGAAUGAUAACGGGGAUCAGGGGGCUGUGUAACGGACUCGGCCCCGCCCUCUACGGCUUCGUCUUCUACCUGUUCCAUGUGGAGCUGAAUGAGAUGGACGCUGCAGGAGGAGCUGAGAAAGAAACCAAACCCAACAUGGCCAAUCCCACUGACGAGAGUGCCAUCAUUCCUGGUCCUCCGUUUCUGUUCGGAGCGUGCUCAGUUCUGCUCUCCCUGUUGGUGGCGCUCUUCAUUCCCGAACACAACGCUCUCUCUCUGCGGCCUGGCAACUAUAAAAAACAUACCAGCACCGCCCAGAGCCACGCCCACACCCCUCAGGGUGGAGCCUGCGAAGUCAAAGAGCCUCUACUGGAUGACAGCAGUGUAUGACCCCGCCUACUGUCACCUCAAACACACACAUGAGGGUGGAGCCUGCAGGAAAGGAGACCCUAUUGGUUUACAGCAGUCUCUGACUCCGCCCACUGCCACCUCAACCACAGAGUGGAGCCAGUGAGAACUGGACAGGUUCAGUGCCUGACUCCGCCCGCUGCUGCCUCACACACAUCAGGGUGGAGCUUCCAAGGAUUAAAUGACUGUGCUUUGACUCCGCCCACUUUCACCUUCAUCCUACGUAUUUCUCCCUCAGCUCGGAUACGUGUUAGGGCGGAGCCUGUGAGAAUCAGAUGAUAGCAGUGCUUGAUUCCACCCACUGCUGCCAAACAACCCUGGGGCGGAGUAUAUGAGUAGAAAUUGGCCUUUACUGGAUGUGAACACUGACUCCACCCACUGCCAUCUUGCAUACAUCAGGGCGGAGCCUACAAAGGACCAGUGCCAUGACUCCACCCACUGUCACACUAAACUUAUAAGGGUGAAGCCUGUGGGAAGUGAAUGACAGCAAUGUAUGACUCCACCCACCGCCUCCUCAAACACGCUUCAGGGUGGAGUCAGGUACAUGGCUCCGCCCACUUUAGCCUGUUGUGCCCCAACACAUUUUUCACCGUACUGACCUCCAUCAGCUGAACACACACUUCAGAACGCUGUGUGCGUUUAUAAGAACUUUAUUAAACAGUCUGGUGGUUUUUACAGGUGGGUGUGUGUGUGUGUGUGUUCUCUAUAUAUAUAUAUAUUGUGUUACUACUGAGGCCAUAUCACAGCGGCCGUGUCCUGAACGGCGCACUACUCCCUUUUCCCUACAGAGACACUGUGCACUUCACUCCACACUGCACAGGGUUUUAGACGUCUCUAGAGCGCUGUGGUGCAUUGUGGGUUUUAGACGUCUCUAGAGCGCUGUGGUGCAUUGUGGGUUUUAGACGUCUCUAGAGCGCUGUGGUGCAUUGUGGGUUUUAGACGUCUCUAGAGCGCUGUGGUGCAUUGUGGGUUUUAGACGUCUCUAGAGCGCUGUGGUGCAUUGUGGGUUUUAGACGUCUCUAGAGCGCUGUGGUGCAUUGUGGGUUUUAGACGUCUCUAGAGCGCUGUGGUGCAUUGUGGGUUUUAGACGUCUCUAGAGCGCUGUGGUGCAUUGUGGGUUUUAGACGUCUCUAGAGCGCUGUGGUGCAUUGUGGGUUGAUGUGAUAGGAGCUUGUUGCAGUGCAUUAUGGGAUGUAGUCCACAUUCUCUGUGGAUGUAACAGGUGUCUGAAGUGGUGAACAGGGUGUGGAUUGGGACACGCAGCAUCUCUAAAACUGCUGCCUUCGUUUACUGCGAGCUCAAAAUAUGAAACCCCUCUCUCUCUCUCUCUCUCUCUCUCUCUCUCUCUCUCUCUCUCUCUCCAGUCUGACCACACAGUGAAAUCCAGGGUUUUAGGCCACUUCAGAAAUGCUCAGACUGACUGAAAAUGAAUGACCACUAGUUAUUUGUGAAUUGGUGGAUCUUUAGUUUUAAGCUGUGUGUGAGAGAGAGAGAAAUGAAACCGAAUAUUAGAGUAAAACCCUCCAGCAGACAGCGAGAUGUAAAUACUGGGAGAUUUAUUUAUUUAUUAAAAGGCUCCGGGUUGUCAGUACCUGCCGCCCGAUCAACUCCCUGUGCGAGAGGUUUACUGAGCUCCGGCCCAGCGUGGAGGUGGUGGAGAUUAUUAUGGGAUGGAUUUCAACUCCUCUCCAGAGUGUUAGUUAAAUUCAGGAGAUUCAGAUUUCAGUUUCAACUUUAAUCUAUAGAAUAGCGGGGGUUUAUUUCUACACGGAAUAAAACAUUCAUCAUAAAAUGUAGAAAUAAGAAGUGAAGAAUAACGAUGAGAGGAGAUUGAAGGUGUUUGUUUUUCUGGGGCGUUAACAGAUUAUCAGUGAACGUUAUUGGAGCAGAGUCGAUUGUGAAGGGGGGAGAAGAGAAAGAAGCCGUUGUCAGAUGACUGCAGUGAAAUGCUUUUCUUCGCAUGUCCAGCUUGUUAGGAAGUUAGGGUCAGAACACAGGCUGAGCUCGGAUACGACCCCUUGGAACAGAAGGGGUUAAGGGCUGUGCUCAAGGGCCAGACAAUGGCAGCUUGGUGGUGCUGGGGCUCGAACCCACAACCUCCUGAUCAGUAACCCAGAGCCUUAACCACUGAGCACCACUGCCCCAUCAUGUAAAGGAGCAUUGUUUUUCUUCUGCAUUCUCACUUUAUUAUUACAACAGGCUUAAAGUAACCGUACCAAUUUUAUUUAUUUUUAUUUAUUUAUUUUUUUUGUCCCUGAUUUUGUUCUUAAUUUGGUCUUGGCCCUUUCCCACCAUCACUCAGCUCUCCGCCCGUUAUCCAACGCCCCGCCCUCCAGGGAGAAAACAAACACGUGCUUCCUCAAAGACCCGUGAAGCCACUCAUGUCUUUUCUCUUUGUGACACUGCUCUGACGCACAUGGAGGAACGUGCUAUCUGCCCUCUUCUACAUCCAUGAACUCGCAGACCCCCUGAUGUCCCUGGGCGUGACCGAGAGCAUGAACUGGUGAUCUGUGGAUGACUGGGUGAACUCUCUUCUGUUGCGCCUCUCAGGAGCCCCCAAUUUAUUAUUUAUUUUUAAUAAAAACUUCAUUUCCGCCAACUGUGGGAAAUCUUCUGUGUUACAAAAUUCAAGAAAAUUAUGUUGCCAAAUUAUUGUUACUAAAUUAUUGCAGAUUUUUAAAACUGCUUUGUUAAAGCAUAUAAUAUUUCCACUUUAAAUAUCCUAAUAAAAUAAAUAAAAAUAAA